UGACGCGCGCCGUGCAUCUCCUGUGCAGUCUCAUAGCAGCUUCGCUACCGUCAAGACGCGACUAGUGCCGUCUCGGACUCACCAACGCUCACCUCCGCGUUUCGCGUGCGGCCAGGCGCGGUCUUCCGCAUUCGCGUGGUGCAGCAAUUUCUCUCUGCGUCGGCGGCGAAGAACGGCAGGAGCGAGUAGACACCAGGGAGCGCCGGCUCUUCCGGAGAAGAAUCGUGAAGAAGGGUAGCUCUCUCUUUCGGGGGUGAUUCAGGCCGUCCUUACUAUUCACACGAUCGAAAUCGCCAUGGCGAGGCAACAGACUGUGGACCGAAACAUCCCUCAUCUACGGGACAUUUUUGGCUUCGGCAGCAAAUGGGAGAACGCUCGCGGCCAAGCCGAGGAGAAGGCGCCCGGACACGAUAGCGCCGUGUCGGUGGGCUCUACGUCGGGCGAGGAGGAGAGCCCGAAAAACAGCAAGAAGAAGAAAUCGCGUCGCCGCGACAACAGCAAGACACUGACGGAGAGUGACGUGAAGCACCUGGAACGGCAUCUCUCCAUGAAGAAGACCAUACGCAAAAAGAUUAUGCGCGAUCUGCAGCAAGCCUUCGUCGAGGACCCGAACGAGUUUCGCGUGGACGAUAUACCGCCCGAGCAGCUCAAGGCAGAGAUCAAUAUCCAGAGCUUGAGCUUUGGCACGCCGUCCCAGAAGCAAGGACGCACGCGUGGUAAUGCCGAAAACACGUUCCUCGACAUGCUACGCGGUGGUGGUCUGGAGAAAAAUGGAACAGAUGACAGGGAUUCGGGACAUGGUGGAUCGCCGACUAGAGAAGCAUCCAGCGCCCAGGAUACGGAUGACGAAUCCAGCUACGCGUACGAGGCGCCAACCUCAACACCUACGAAGAAGAGUAGUAACUUUUGGAGACGCUUCACCAUGAAGAAUCGCAAUAAACGGUAAAAGAAACCCGUAGCAGAAACCCCAGCGUGAAGAGAGGGUACCGAUACUUUAUAUAUAUAUUAUUCUCCGUCAUCUUGAUAAUUUUUACCAGCGUAAUUAACGAAGCAGAGCUUGCAACUGUGAUAUACAUAAAAACCAAUUCAUCUUCACCUCUCCCUCUCCUCCGAUGACAAUCCAUCCAUCGAAUUUUAAGAGGUUCCCGAAAUUCCGCGUGCAAGAGAAAUCAAGGACCAAGAGAUUAAAUGUACAAAUUUCGGACCAGCAUUUUUAUCAUUUGCAAUCACGACACAUAUCAACAGAAAUAUUUAUUGCAAAUUCUGAAAGAUAGACAAUAUAUCUUUCAUAAAUGAAAAUUUGGAUAAGAAUUUUAUUUGUAAAAUGCAAAUAAGAGGUGUAUGUACUUUCCAUUUUGAAGAAAGACGAAAAUUGAUGUUAUUUACUUUGCGUUUAAAGUUUUUGAUUUUUCGUAGCUAAAUAUUUAGACAAGCAAGACUAUUAGAAUAAUUUGCAAAUACAACUGUAUUUUUCAUAUUUAAAAUGAUGUAAACAAACAUCCAUUUGAAAAUCCAGAGAAACGAGGAAGCGCAGCUAUGAACGAACAGUUCUAUCGCGAUCCGAACAAUUCCACUGUACAUAUACUUUUCUAAAAUAUCGAAGGAACUUCUUAAAACUUCUUGAAAUGUAACGAUUGAUGUGUCCGAUAAUGUACUCCCAUCUUUUGACACGUACUUACAGGCGAUGUAAAGAGUAAAUAAACGGAGGCAACGCAACAUGGUCAUGUGCAUAAUAUUUAAGGAUAGUUAGUUUAAUUUUUUUUAAUGUGUAAGAAUGCAGCAGAGGCAGUUAUGGGUGAUCUGUAAUAAGCGUAAGAGAUGCGUAUGGUGUGCGUACCGGUUAGUAGCUAGUCAACGACGCUAAGACGUAUACCCAUGAAACCCCGAUCGAUUUUUUUACUGGCAAAAUUCGAUAUCGCUUGCUUACAGAUCGACAGUAAAAUAUUUUUUAACUACUUUACUACCAGUUCACGGAAAUUUCUUAAGACUUCUUACCUGAGAACAUACGUAUACAUACAUAAGGAACUUAAUGGACUACAUUAUUUAAGUGUGACGCAUUGCAUUUCUUCACUAUACACUCUAACUUAAGCUAUGUUGACGUUUACCGAAAUCUUCUUGUUCCUAUCGUUGUUCGAAGUAUCUCGCUAGUAUUAUAGACAUCGUCAUUUGCAACGUCGAUUCAUGUAUUCUAAUCUUCACUUUCUGGUAAUAAUAAUAAAUAUUAUUAUUAUUCCUCUUAAUAUUAACUGCAACGCUAUAUAUUAGCUUUAAAUGUAUCAUACUCGAGGUACAUCUUAUUAUGUAAGAACAGUAAUAUACUCGAAUAAAAAUUUCAUUUGUGGA